AUGAGGAAAGAGAGCACGACGAAGAAGCCAAGGAGAAAUAAGAAACGCAAACUCACUCAUUUUGAGGAUGGAGAUGCCCCGGAUGAUGAAGACAGUAGGAAAAAGGAGGCCGUUGUAAUUCCUCUAGUCAAAGAACGAGAUUGGCGAAUAGCUAAGCUGUUGGAGCUGCAGAAAGAAGGCAAACUUACCGAAGAGGAGCAAGCGAAACUCGCCAUUCUCACAGAAGAUCAGCCAUUUGAGGAGACGAAUGUGAGUUUCCAAAACGAUUUCUCCGUUCACUCGAUAUACGCGUGUUUUCUCAUAUGCCAACUUCAGGGAACUACUUCAACGGAUGCGAUAGUCGUUGAGGAGGAGUCCAAAGUUGUUGAAGACGCCGAUUAUGGAGCGGUGCCUAUUGAAGAAUAUGGGCUUGCAAUUCUGAGAGGGUGUGGAUGGAAGGAAGGACAAGGCAUUGGCCGAAGACCUCAGGUAGUUCCGUUGCGUAUACUUCCUCGACGCCCCAAUGGACUUGGUCUUGGCGCAACACCACAGCAAAAAGAUAAGAAGAAGGGUGAAAAGAAUGGUAAAGAUGAGCAAAUAGAUGAAGUUAUAAAAAAGGAUUCCUUAAUACGAGUUACAACUGGCCGGUUCAGGGGACAUUAUGGCAAGGUGGAGUCUAGAGAUGAUGACAACAACUGCCUUUUCGUACGGUUAGCUGUAGGUGGACAACAAGUAAAGGUCAGCUUGUUUGCAAUAGAACAGGUAUCGAAAAAAGAAUACGAUCGUGAUAGCAAGUGUAUAAAUAAGGAUGAUUAUGACAGAGAAAGAGAAAAAAUUGAAAAACGAAAUCAUGAAGCCGUUCAUGACAGUCGGAAAAAAGAUGAUCGGAAAGAUCGCGAAGAACGCUCCAAGGACAAGUAUCGGGAAAAGCAUUCCAGUCACGAUAAAGAUUCCAAGAAAGAAGAAUUAUGGGUCCGAACCGAUUUACUGGUUCGGUUUAUCGACGAGAAUUACAAGAAAGGCAAAUAUUUCAAGGAGAAAAUGCGGGUGGUAGAUGUAGCAUCCAGAAAGGACAUUUCCUUAGAAGAUUCCCAUGGCAAGAUGCAUUACGGAAUCCGGCAGUCGUCUUUAGAAACUGUUUUACCGCGGUUAGAGAAGUCUCGUGUAAUGAUUGUACGGGGUAAACAUAACAUUGUAACCGUGGAUUUUGACGAUGUCUGCCAGCAUCAGUCGAGAGAAGACGAUGACGAUGAUUACUGA